AUGAAGAAUGAAGAGUGUCAAGAAAGAAUCUGUAUAGAUGGUCAGCGUAGGUUCGCUUGCGGGUGCCAAGACGCCAGUAAAUCGCAGCGCAAUUCCGCGGUUCCAAGGGCCAAGGCACUAGGGACCAGCGCGAACACAAGAAUUGCAAGACAUAGUAAACCCAGUGAACGUGACAUGUAA